AUGAAUUUAAAUGGAAAAGAAAAUAUGUCAACACCUCAUAUUAACAGCAAUCAAUUUAUUACUUCAUUUGAUGUAUCAUCAAAUUGGGAAGUAGUUGGAAAUACAAAAAAGUUAAGCAAUUCAAUCUCAAUUGGCUUAGCAGCUGACUGCUUAGAUGGAAUAUCUCUUGAAGAUAUUGCAGACGAAAAAACAUGUAUUACAAUAAAGCAAAAGGCAAAUGACAGCGAGCCUUGUACAGUGGAGAUAAAAUUGAAAAAUAGGGGAACAAAAAUUAAACGAGUAGGAAUAGUUUCUGAAGCUUCUGUCUUAGAGAUUUUCCAGGAAUUUGGAGAAUAUACGACAACCGUUUUUACUGAAAUGAUUGAUGAGUUUGAAGAUUCUGUUGUUACUUAUGCCGAUGUUGUAUUUGAACGACCAUCGUCUGAAGUCAGUAUAAAGUUUACAAGAAUUAAGAAUAACAAAUCUAAAAUGUUUCUCUAUGGAAUCCGGCUUCUGCUCCAACAAUCAGAAGUUUCAAACGUUACAGAAAAUUUUGAUGCAUCUGUAAUGAAUGAAUGUUUACUAAAAUUACUGGAGAAAGCAAAUAAAGUACAAGGAAAAUUAAGUUGUGUCGUUGAUAAAAAACAUGACAAUAUUAGUAAUAAGUACGAUCUCACAACAAAUAACAACGCAAACAAUGUUUUGCAAGUUGAUCGUGACGAUGUUGAGUCGAACGUGAAAUUUUUAACUAAUGAGCAGUAUGAAAAAAAUGAACAAUUAAAAUCUGCGAGUAUUGACUCAACAAAUUAUCAUCAAGCUCUUGAAACUUUGCUUGAUUUGAAGAUUUCACAAAUGGAGCAACGACUUUCGAGGAAAAUAGAUCUGUUGGAAGCUAGAACAAAUGAAAAAUUAGAUAAAAUUAUAAAGUCACUAGAUUUUCUAAAGAAUUUUACUGUAGAACAAUAA